AUGGAAUUUAACAUGCUCACAAGUGGCUUCGACUUCUUUGUGUGUAUGAUAUUGAGGUAUACCUUUAUUUUUACUGGAUUGAUAUUGGUUGCUUCGAAACUACCUACAGAUUUGUUCUUCUUGGUAUUUACAAGCUAUGGAGUUUGCUCGAUCUCGUUUUCUUUGGUCAAAGUAAGUUAUUUUUAUUGUUUUAGAUUGAACGUAGGUCAAAUUGAGUUUAAGGACUAUAACUUCUUUGAAGUUAUUGAUUUUAGUAGGAUCUUUGAGGAUAGUUGACAAUGGCAAUGAGCUAUUGUUGUGCAAAGUUCUGAACGUUUCUUUCUUUUUUAGAAAAAUUUAGGGUUAAAACUGUCUUGACUAAUUCCUCUUGUAUUAUCUUAUCUUGCUUUCAGCUGCUAUGCUUCUCAGAAUGGCCGGAUCAGCUGUAUUUUAUUGGAAUGUGGAUAAGUAUUUUCUGGAACAUCCUUGGGUCAAUCUUUUCAGCUGCCGCCUUUCAUUUCCUUAUCAAGAAACGCAUGUUUAAGCCAAAUUACGAACGAAUGGAAGAGGAAGAAGAGCAAGCAUCGGAUGAUGGUGAACCAGGAACAAGUAAUGCGCAAGAAAAGCCUGAAAAGGUCACCAGGAAAUCAGUUAUGUCUCACGUCAAGUUUUUGCUCAGAUAUGCAUUAUUGUACUGGAAGUGGUUCACUGUGGCUUGUGUGUUUUUGGUCAUCUACUCUACUGGUAUGUUAUCACUUGAAUUUUAGGUUUGAAUUGUAAAGUUAUAGGUUCAAUAUCUUGAUUUUUAGCUAGAAUCUUUAUUCCGUUCUACACUGGGAAGGUAAUUGCCAGCAUUGUUUAUCAGGAUGAGGCAUCGAAGAAGCAUUUCUAUUCGCUGGUCUUGACUAUGACUGGAUUUAUGGUUGUUUCGUAAGUUUUUUUAGCUUUUUACAUUUUGUUUCUUGAUUGUUAAGCUUCUUUUUUCAUUUUUAUAUUACAAUACCUUUUUAAAAACAUAAAAUUCCAGUACGAUCUGUGCCGGAUUCCGAGGAGCCUCCUUCUGCUGGGGUGGAGCAUUGGUCAAUAGAACAAUGAGAAGAGACCUGUUCAACUCCUUGAUUCGUCAAGAAAUCGCCUUUUUCGAUAAACUUCAAACUGGUGCCAUUCUUUCUCGUCUCACAACUGAUUGUCAAACAGUCACCUCGAUUCUGGAGUUGAACAUCAACGUUUUCAUGAGGAACACUGUAAUGCUGAUUGGGUCUUUGGUGUUUAUGUUGAGUUUGUCAUGGAGAUUGACUGUGGUUACGUUCAUUGUCAUUCCUCCAGUUGGUGUGUUCACUAAACUUUAUGGACAGUAUUACGAUGUGAGUUUUGAGAAAGAUACGGCCUUAAAAUUUUGUAAAGUCGAAAAAAAAUUUUAAAUAUUUGAUUAUCAAUUUUUUUCUGUACACGUAAAAUAAACCCAGUAGUCUUCAGGCGUUUUAUCACUUAUUUGCCUUUUUCAGAAAUUGAGUGAAGGGGUCCAAACAACAUUGGCCGAAGCUAACCGAACAGCUGAAGAAUGUCUUGGAACGAUCAGGACAGUACGAGCAUUUGCCUGUGAACAUAAGGAAUCGAACCGAUUUGAAGACAAAUUGGUUGAAACUUUGGCCAUCAUGAAGGUAAUAUUAUGGGUUUUGUAACAUAACUUUGACCUAUUGUAUAAUUUUUCUCUAAAAAAGGAUGUGAAAAUACGAUGAAAACAUUAAUUUUUUUGUUAAAUUAAUGUUAUGUUAAUAUAAUUUCAUUUUUACAAAAUUGAUCAAAUAUAAGUUUUUUCUUUUUUCAGAAGAAGACCGUAGCUUACAUGGGAUAUGCCUGGUUGAACGAGCUGUCCGAGAACGUUGUACUGAUAGCUGUUCUUGUCUAUGCUGGACACUUGGCAAUGAAUGGACUUUUGACCAUCGAACAAAUUACUUCAUUCUUGCUAUAUCAACUGCAACUUGGAGAAACGUUUUAUGUAAGUUGUUAUUAACCUAACAGGCAGGGCGAUAUACGAAUUGAUUGAACUUUGGUCAUGAAUCAUACUUGCUUUGGUACUAGGAACUAAACUUACACUCUGUUAUUAACCUUGCUGUUUUAGAGUUUGAACUACGUAUUUUCUGGUCUAAUGGAAAGCGUGGGAGCUUCAAGGAAGGUAUUUGAAUACAUGCACAAGGAUCCAGAAAUCCCAUAUGAUGGAACUGUGGAAAAACCAGUCGAAGGCCAGAUUAAAUUUGAAAAUGUCAACUUUGCCUAUCCUACCAGGCCGAACUCUGAAGUUUUGAAGGUUUGUUUUAACUUUAUCAUUCAUAUAGCUAUAGCUAUCGUAAGACUUCAUUGUUCACCGCUUUGAAAUUUAAUUUUUGGUUACUUUCGAUGAGUCAGGCUUUUGACUAUAACAUAAAUUUCCAGGGUCUGAACUUGUCCAUCAAUCCAGGAGAAACCGUAGCCCUAGUAGGACCAUCUGGAGCCGGCAAAUCCUCAAUAAUCGCUCUUCUAGAAUACUUUUAUGAGAUUGGAGGUGGGAAGAUCACUUUAGAUGGAGUCAAUAUUCGAGAUUACGCUCACAAAUACUAUCAUCAACAAGUGUCAUUGGUCAGCCAGGAACCAACUUUGUAUUCAGGAUCAAUUCGCUACAAUAUCCUCUACGGCUGCGAGGAAUGGGCUACUGAUACGGACAUGAUUGAAGCUGCCAAACUGGCUAAUGCUCAUGACUUCAUCUCGGAAUUGGACGAAGGUUAUGACACAAAGUGUGGCGAGAAGGGAGUUCAGAUGAGCGGUAAGGUUUUUCAAUUUUAAAAUUUUUUUAGACUCGGGUCUAUUUUUGACUGUAGUUUUAAUUUUUUAUUUCAAAUUAUUUUUUUUCAGGCGGCCAAAAGCAACGUAUAGCUAUCGCUCGAGCACUGGUACGCAAACCAGCUGUCCUAAUCCUAGACGAAGCCACAUCAGCCUUAGACGCGGAAUCUGAAUACAUUAUUCAAAAAGCCCUGAAUCAGUGUUCAGUUGGACGUACUGUAAUUGUGAUUGCUCACAGAUUGAGUACGGUAGAAAAAGCGGACCGAAUCUUUGUCAUCAAAAAAGGACAGGUCAUUCAAGAAGGCAAUCAUCAAAGCUUGAUGGAAGUCGAGGGAAUGUACCGUCAAUUGGUGAAACGUCAACUUCUGAAUGGGGAGAGCAGCAAGGAUGAUUCUGGAGUGGAGGAAGUGGAUUCUCCUAUAUCAAUGAAGCAGGCUCCAGGGAUGACUGGCAUGCUAAAGGAUGUGGAGCAAGUAAAUGAACUUGAUCUUCAGGAGUCUCAAGCUUAA